GCCCAGCCAGCUGGGCGAGCCGAGGGGAACGGGAGUAGCAGCGGCGCAGAUCGGUCCCCGCGGCCGCCAUGCCCGGCAUCGACAAGCUGCCCAUCGAGGAGACGCUGGAAGACAGCCCUCAGACCCGUUCUUUGCUGGGAGUAUUUGAAGAAGAUGCUGCUGCAAUUUCCAACUACGUCAAUCAGUUAUUUCAAGCAAUGCAUAGAGUAUAUGAUGCACAGAAUGAAUUAAGUGCAGCAACUCAUCUGACUUCAAAGCUUCUGAAGGAAUAUGAGAAACAGCAUUUUCCAUUAGGGGGAGAUGAUGAAGUUAUGAAUUCUACUUUACAGCAAUUUGCAAAAGUGAUUGAUGAGCUCAGUUCUUGCCAUGCAGUACUUUCAACUCAACUUGCAGAUGCAAUGAUGUUUCCUAUUACUCAGUUUAAAGAAAGAGAUCUAAAAGAGAUAUUAACUCUAAAAGAAGUUUUCCAAAUUGCAAGCAAUGACCAUGAUGCUGCCAUUAUCCGAUACAGCCGGUUGUCAAAAAGAAGGGAAAAUGAAAAGAUCAAGGCUGAAGUUACAGAAGAUGUGUAUACUUCCAGGAAAAAACAGCAUCAGACUAUGAUGCAUUAUUUCUGUGCAUUAAAUACUCUUCAGUACAAGAAGAAAAUUGCCGUGUUAGAACCCUUGCUAGGAUACAUGCAAGCUCAGAUAAGUUUUUUUAAAAUGGGUUCAGAAAAUCUCACUGAGCAACUGGAAGAAUUUCUCACCAACAUUGGUACAAGCGUACAAAAUGUUCGCAGGGAAAUGGAGUGCGAAAUAGAGAACAUGCAGCAAACUAUAGAAGACUUGGAAGUAGCCAGUGAUCCACUUUAUUUGCCUGAUCCUGAUCCUGCAAAAUUUCCUGUCCAUAGAAAUCUGACACGGAAAGCUGGCUAUCUCAAUGCAAGGAAUAAAACAGGGCUGGUAUCUUCCAGCUGGGAGAGACAGUUCUACUUCACUCAAGGUGGAAACCUGAUGAGCCAGGCAAGAGGAGAUGUGGCUGGGGGACUUGUCAUGGACAUAGACAAUUGUUCAGUGAUGGCUGUGGACUGCGAAGACAGACGGUACUGUUUUCAAAUAACAUCUUUUGAUGGUAAAAAGUCUUCGAUCUUACAAGCAGAGAGUAAAAAAGAUUAUGAGGAGUGGAUAUGCACAAUAAACAACAUAUCUAAACAGAUAUAUCUAAGUGAAAACCCUGAGGAAAUUGCUGCACGUGUAAACCAGUCAGCUCUCGAGGCCGUUACUCCGUCGCCUUCAUUUCAGCAGAGGCACGAGAGCAUGCGUCCGACUGUACAACCCCGGCCGCCCGCAGCGCGCACCAGCAGCACGGGGUCGCUGGGCUCCGAAUCCGCCGCUCUGUCUGCGCUGUCCUUGGAUUCCCUUGUUGCCCCUGACACUCCUAUUCAAUUUGACAUAAUAUCUCCAGUUAGUGAAGAUCUGCCUGGUCAAGCAAAGUCUUCAGGGCAGUCAGGCAGACGCACAAAUCCUUUUGGUGAAACGGGAGGCUCAAAAUCUGAAACUGAAGAUUCAAUUCUUCAUCAGUUGUUCAUUGUAAGGUUUCUUGGCUCUAUGGAGGUGAAGUCUGAUGAAAGUCCAGAUGUUGUUUAUGAAACAAUGCGUCAAAUCCUAGCAGCUCGGGCCAUCCAUAACAUUUUCAGGAUGACAGAAUCCCAUUUAUUAGUCACUUGUGACUGCUUAAAGUUAAUUGAUCCACAGACACAAGUUACAAGACUACGAUUUCCUUUGCCCAAUGUAGUCUUGUAUGCAACACACCAGGAGAACAAGCGCCUCUUUGGAUUUGUGCUUAGAACUUCAGGAGGGAGAGCUGACAGUCGACAAACUUCCAUCUGCUAUAUCUUUGAAUCAAAUAAUGAAGGGGAAAAGAUUUGUGACUCCGUUGGACUGGCGAAACAGAUUGCUUUCCAUGCAGAACUGGAUCGAAAAGCAUCGGAAAAGCAAAAAGAAAUGGAGAGGGUCAAAGAGAAACAACAAAAAGAACUGACUAAACAAAAACAAAUUGAAAAGGACUUAGAGGAGCAAAGCCGACUGAUAGCUGCUUCCAACAGAUCAAACCCUAGCAGUGGAGAAGGACAGUUUGUAGUCCUUAGCAGCAGCCAGUCAGAAGACAGCGAUUUAGGAGAGGAUGGAAAGAAGAAAAGGGAAUCUGAAACCUAAGGUUGCCUAGUAAAUUAAAAUUGGAAUCAUGGAUAUAAGUUUUACAAGAAGUGAAAUAUAGGUGGAGGGUCUGUUGUUUAUAUAAAAAACUUCACAAUGUCUAGACCCUAAUAUGCCUUGCUGUUUCUUUCUCAAUUAAGUGAUUUCCACUUUCAUGUCAGUUCCUCUUUUGUAUGCCAGAUAGACAUGGUAGCAUCACCAUUCUUUUUUUCAAAAAUUGUUUUCUCAAAGAAUUCUCUGCAGGAAGGGAAAAAGAUGGAUUUUUCUUUUUUCCGUGUACUCAUCUGUGCAAUUGACUGCUUUGGAAAUGAAACUUAAGCUCUCACUGAACUUGAGCAGUACUGAAAUUUGUUCUUUACACUGCAGUUUGCAGAACACCUUGCUGGAAACAAAAGUGGGGGUCCAGAUAAGACAGUGCUAAGCUUUAUAGAACUUGUUGCACAUAACUGUUCUUACAGUUAAAGAAAAAUCCUUAUUAACAUCUAUGGGAUGUGCAGUAGUUGUAGAAAGAAAGAUCAUAGUGUUUGUUUCAUAUUGCAGUGUAUGGUGCUGUCUUUCUUUUGUGAUUUAAAUGCUUCUUUGAACAGGAGAUUAAAAGAAAAUACUUGUCAGACAUAGGUAAGAGCUGAAGAGAUGCAAUUGCACUUUGCUGCAUGAGGAAUGCAUUAAAAAUUCCUUAUCAAAUAGUAAAUAUAAUGUCUAAGUGCCAUGUUCCUGGUUUUUCCCCAGUGUGUAAAGAAAAGCAGUAAGCUGCCGAGUUCAUUUUCAAUAAAAACAUGCACGGAGUUGCAGAAACAUUGAAUUCCACCACUUGAAAAAUCUGAAUCCAUAAAGGCCUUGCUACCAGUAACUGCAUUUGCUGAAAAUGAGUUAAAGCUUUUUAAGUCUUUCUAUGGAACUGUCUUUUGCAAAGAGAAGUAAAAGACGAUGCUAGUCUGCAUCCUGAAGUUGGUCUCUUAACGCAUUUUUCAAAGCAGUCUCUGUUUAUACCUCAUAAGCCUGAACUCCAUGGUCCAUACCCUGUGUAAUAUUUAUUUUGUAUAAUACUAAAUGUGCAUUCAUCUUUUGAUCCAGAAGAGAAAACGUGUUUGAAGUAAGAAGAAAUAUUUAUUUUUGCACUAAUUACUAUAAAUACUAAACUCCAAUGGAACAGAUGUCUCUCUAAUAGUGGCCUGAGCAUAACAGAAAAUGUAGAAAGAGAAGAAUAUAUUCUAAGAUGUUUUAUAAUGGUUAAGAGUGUUUUACAGUUCAUUGCAGAGCAUUUUUAGUCUUUGGCUUUCAGCCCAGCCCUUCAUAGCUAGAAUUGCAUGGUGCUGAGUAAGUGAGGAAUUUCAGGACCUCUGUGCUAGAUGGCUGUGCAAAAAAGGAACACUGUCCUUAAUUGCUCAGAAGUUGUUUUGCAUAGGCUGACAAAGGCAAUCUCUUGCUUUUUACGCUGGAGAUGGACAGGCAUUUCUAUGCAGCAACCAACUGCAUCUGCCUCCUGUCACAGCAAAGAGAAGGGAGCAUUGCUCUCAUGGUGCCACUGGCACCACAGCGUACAGCAGGGACUGAGCAGCUGUGGAAGCGCUCACAGUAUUUUAAAGAGGAGGUGGAGUGGGAGACUGAGCAAGAGAGAGGCUGCAGGGUCUCUUCCUUCUGUUCAUCCUCAGAGUAGCCAGAGUAGCUCGCAGAAGUACCUGCUUUGGCUGUUAUCCAGUCAGACCUUGUGGCAUCAGCACGCGGCCAGAUGUUGCCUUCAUAGUGUCUCAUGGAACGUGCACAUCUAAGGCUUUCAAAACAAACAACAACAAACAAAAACUUAAGUGGCAUUUACUUCCUAUCUAGUCUUGCAUUCUCAUCUAGAAGAGGCUACUUCUAUUUUCAACAGAAACAUGCAGAAAGACAGCAAAUGCUUUUUUUCUUUUCUUUUCCUGCCUAUAUCUAUUUGCAUGGCAGCCGGUUUAUCUCUACAAGUUGCUUCAGUUUGUCUUUCUCUUGGAUUUAUUUUUUUUUUUUUGUAUGUAAUGAAUUCUAUUUUCUAUGAAAUAACAUGCCAGCACAGCUCAAAUUAAUAAAGUCAUUAAGGUUGAGAAGAUGACUAAUAUCAUCUAGUCCAACCUUUAACCACCAAAUUUACUGUGUCUUCCUCGAUUACAUGCUAAAGGUAAAUUAAUUCAGCAACAGCACAGAGUCUGUUUCACGAAUCUGGUCACCAAGCUGUCGGAGUGAGAUGAGCUGCAGUGGCCACAGCACCAGGAGGAAGACAGCUAACAGAUCAGCAACCUCAUCCAAAGGUACUGCUGACGGGGUGCCUUACUGGAGAGAGGGCAGAGAGCUGAGUUAUCUUUUCUUGAACCCACCCAUUAUGUUUUGGACAUAAAUACACAACUAUGAGGAGGCAAUCAAGAGAAAAAUCUGGUUUUAUAACAUUGCUGUUAUAAAAUUUUUCAGAUUAAAUGAUAUCUGAUGGGAAUUACUCCAGUUUUAGUUCAUGUUUUACCAUCUAUACCAUUAAACGUAGUUUUCUUAAUCAGACAGCAUAGGAUCGAGUUGCAUUUCACUUGCAGUGAAUGAUUCUUUUCUCCUCACCCUCUGAAAAGAAGGGAAAUAAACGACGAGAGCAGCACUUCAAAAAAAGUGACAUGCGUGAAUGAAAUGAGGUGGCUUUGUUUUGCUGUUUAGGAGAGUUUUGCUGGUAUAAAAUGAGCAAAAAGACAGAGUUAAAAGCUUCUGGAAAAGUGAUGAAAGCUGCAGGAGCAAAGGGCAAGUUGUGGGAGAUCAGGAUGCUAAAAUGGAACAUUACAAUGAAUUAGCAGUGGGAUGAGAAUUACUCAGUGCCAUUUAAAGGGAGGAGCACCUGGGUCCGUGGAUAAAACUACCACAAGGCAAAGAAUAGCUGCUGAGCUUUUAUCCAUGUCCUCCUCCCCUCAGAAAAUCUUUCUGGUACCCUUUGAACUAUGAAUUGCAGAACUACUUCAUCAGAAAACAUGUUUCUUAAUUAAAAAAAUUAGAGUACUUAAUAUUUACUUUGAGAGUACAACUUGUAAUAUGAACACCUCGUGUUCUCCUGGGAAUGACUGUGGUAAGGUUUCACCGCCUGUUAUUUCAAUAAAUUACUGGCUGGUUUCCUUUCUCGUAAUUUAUUUUGCCUGUUUCAUAUUUCCUGUUGCCUUUACUUAAGGACUGGUCUUCUGAGCACUUCCAGCUGAAGCUGUAAUUUGCUUUAUGUGAACACAGUAUUAUUUCAGAAACUACUUGCAUAAUGGGAUGUUAAGUUUAUUACACAAUGUAGGCCAUGCGCCUCUUGCUCUCAGUUGUUCUGCUCUACGUACGUUCUGUAUGAAUGUAGCAGUGUGAAUAUCAAAAUACAUAAGAAGUGUGGGCAAACUACAGGCAUGCAUUUCAUUGCAUUGUAACUAAUACCAAGGACAAGCUGAUAGUCAUGCAGCUUAGUCACACAGACCUGGUAACGUGUGUGUUGUGUGAGCAAGUGUGGAUUUGAUAGUCUGUUAUUUCUGUAAUAUUUUUAAGUUGGAAAUUAUAUCGAGACAGCUUACAAACUAACAGACAAGUAAUAUUUAAGAGCUCAGAGACAUGCAGACAAAUGACAUCUUUGUAUGGAUGCAAAACCACAGCUGACAAACCUGAUGCAGCUGAGCCUUUUUAUAAAGAUAUAAUUUAUUUCCACUGCAGAAAAAUAUUGGCUGGUCAUAUGUUCAAGGUGAAGUGUGAUGAAUUAAAGAAGGUGCACAGAAUUUAGGAGAAGCCAGUGCAGAAAGCUGUGUUGUCGCACAGUCCCUUGUUAUUUCCAGAGCUGACACACUCAAAGAAAGAAAUCCUGCCUCUGCUCAGUGAGUUCAGUUGAGAUAUUUAGUCCAACAGCAAGAACUGGUAUCUUACUUUCUCUCCUUUGCUCUGUUUUACAGAAUUUCUUGCAAGUCUAUCAAUCUCCAAGGUUUUUCUUUCUACCCAAGCAGUAAGCUGUGUUUUUGUCAUGCCAUAGUGGUAUCUAAGUUAUCAUGACAAGAAUAAGUUGGUGUGUGUCAUUGUGAUUGCACUUGUAUUCCUAAUGAAGUUUAUAUUGCAAGCCAAGGAUUUUGUACAAUCUUUCAGGUCACUUUUAUAAUGCAGUGGAGUGGUCAAAUUCUUAUGAUGAUGUUCUGGAUUGGUCCUGUUCUAGUGAAGUGUAAGUGAUUUUUGCAAUGUUUGAGACUUACACGUUUGUCCCUGAAUAGCUGUAUUACAGACCUCCAGUAGCAUCCCUACUUAAUUCAGCUUUGAUUGUUGUGUCUUAAUCUUGGAAGCACCAAUAGUACGUAUGAUGCCAAAACUUCAGUCAGCAUUUUGUAGGUUAUGUAAAAGCUUAAGCAUAGUAACUUUCUGAGUGGAAUUUGUCCUGAUACAAGAACUGGUUCUUCCCUAGUAGUGACAUUCUGGGUGUGCCGUUACUGGUGACAGGAGGCAUUCCCUUCCAUUAAACCAAGCCCUAACAUGCAGCUGAAUCUCUCUCUUGGAAAGUGCAUCUCAAUUCUCUUAACUUUAAUCAUAUCAGCCAGCUCUCCUCAGAGGAAGUCUCUCUACUUGGGAAUGCUGGUAAUUUCUGCAACAAUCAAAGACUGAACGUUAGAAGAAAAAACCCUUUCUAUCUCUGCUGGCUGUGUUAGUGCACAUGUUGCUCUGUUAGAUGACAACGUGUAGCACGUUGUACGGAGCUGCAGUUAUGGUCACCAUCAGAAUUCAUUUGUACAGAAGCUAUACCAGCACAACUAUUAAUGGGAGUACCUCCACCUGUUUUCACUGGCUUCAUUAGUUUUCUUAAUUACGUGACAGACACCAUGUGAAAAGCAAUGGGUCAUACUACAUUACGGUUAAAUUUGUAUUUUAUAAGAUUUGUAGAUUUUUCUGGAGAAAAGCAGACUUUUGAACUAUGUAACUCUAAGUGAAUACAGAUGCAUGUAUAACUAGAAAAUCUAUGCUUAACUGAUAAUGAAGGAAUAAAUACUAUUAAUACCAAA